CCGGCAUGUCCGGGCAGCAACAGCCGCCACAACUCCCGGCGACGGCUCCUCAAGCGCCGGGCAACCCCCCGCCACCCGCCUCAGCCGCGCUUCUCCUUCACCCGCCGCCACCGCCGCCUCCUCCGCCGCCGCCACCGGCCACCUCGGCCCCGCCGCCUCCCCCUCCGCCGCCACCGCCCGCCAUCGUCGCCACAACAGCCCCCGCCGCCGCCUCUUCCUCAGCGGGGCCCAUGUCUGGCGGCGGCGGCAGCGCCCCGGCCCCGUUCCCUCACUGUGGCGACCCGGCCCUCAACGAGCAAGAGAAGGAGCUCAAGCGGCGCCUCAGGCGGCUCUACCCGGCCGUGGACGAGCAGGAAACGCCGCUGCCCCGCUCCUGGAGCCCGAAGGACAAAUUCAGUUACAUCGGCCUCUCGCAGAACAACCUGCGCGUCCACUACAAAGGCCAUGGUAAAACGCCAAAAGAUGCUGCUUCUGUUCGAGCUACCCAUCCCAUACCUGCUGCUUGUGGAAUAUACUACUUUGAAGUUAAAAUUGUUAGCAAAGGAAGAGAUGGUUAUAUGGGAAUUGGGCUGUCUGCUCAAGGUGUGAAUAUGAACAGACUACCAGGUUGGGAUAAACAUUCAUAUGGUUAUCAUGGAGAUGAUGGACACUCAUUUUGUUCUUCCGGCACUGGACAACCCUAUGGGCCAACUUUUACUACUGGUGAUGUCAUUGGUUGUUGCGUAAACCUUAUCAACAAUACCUGCUUCUACACCAAGAACGGACACAGUUUGGGUAUUGCUUUCACAGAUCUGCCGCCAAACCUAUACCCAACAGUAGGACUUCAAACACCAGGAGAAGUGGUGGAUGCAAAUUUUGGGCAGCAUCCAUUUGUGUUUGAUAUUGAAGACUAUAUGCGAGAAUGGAGAACCAAAAUUCAAGCUCAGAUUGACCGAUUUCCUAUAGGAGACCGGGAAGGAGAAUGGCAGACAAUGAUCCAAAAAAUGGUUUCAUCUUACUUGGUACAUCAUGGGUACUGUGCAACAGCAGAGGCCUUUGCGAGAUCUACUGAUCAGACAGUACUAGAAGAACUAGCCUCCAUUAAAAAUAGGCAAAGAAUUCAGAAACUGGUUUUAGCUGGAAGAAUGGGAGAAGCUAUUGAAACGACACAGCAGCUGUACCCAAGUUUAUUAGAAAGAAAUCCUAAUCUUUUAUUUGCUUUGAAGGUGCGCCAGUUCAUAGAAAUGGUCAAUGGUACAGACAGUGAAGUAAGAUGUCUAGGAGGGCACAGCCCAAAAUCUCAAGAUAGUUAUCCUGUUAGUCCUCGGUCAUUCAGUAGCCCCAGCAUGAGCCCAAGCCAUGGAAUGAAUAUUCACAGUUUAGCAACAGGCAAAGGAAAUAGCACGCAUUGUUCUGGUUUUGAAAGUAGUUGCAGUAAUGGAGUGAUAUCAAACAAAGCACACCAGUCUUACUGUCACAGUAAACAUCAGCCCAUCAGUUUGAAUGUGCCAGAACUUAAUAACAUAAAUGUAACGAGGUCACAGCAGAUUAACAACUACACCAGCAACGACGUAGAUAUGGAAACGGAUCACUACUCCAAUGGAGUUACAGAGACAUCAUCCAAUGGCUUCCUAAAUGGCAGUUCUAAACAUGAUCAUGAAAUGGAAGAAUGUGACACAGAAAUGGAAGUUGAUUCCAGUCAGUUAAGACGUCAACUGUGUGGAGGCAGUCAAGCAGCUAUUGAAAGAAUGAUUCACUUUGGCAGAGAGUUGCAAGCAAUGAGCGAGCAGUUGAGAAGGGAAUGUGGCAAAAACACAGCCAACAAGAAAAUGCUGAAAGAUGCCUUCAGUUUACUUGCAUAUUCAGAUCCCUGGUGCAGUCCGGUAGGAAACCAGCUGGACCCCAUUCAGAGAGAACCUGUGUGUUCAGUUCUCAAUAGUGCAAUACUAGAGACACACAAUCUACCAAAGCAACCUCCACUUGCCCUUGCAAUGGGACAGGCUUCGCAGUGUCUAGGACUGAUGGCCCGGUCAGGAAUCGGAUCCUGUGCAUUUGCCACAGUGGAAGACUAUCUACACUAGCUAUGCAUAUGAAGAUGUCCAAGAUGUAUAAUGUGGCAUAUAUUCACCAUGAAAGUAGACCAGCUCUGCAGAUUGGAGUUUGGAUUUUUUUAAAUUAUGUACUAAGGACAGGUCUGUUGCUUUACAUUGCUUCCUAGUUUACAGCAUGAUGCAAAUGAUUUUCUAAUCUACUGUUAGGAGAAUUUUCCAUCUUUAACCAGAGUUAAACAUCAUUGAUAACAUCAGAUUGACAAACCCGUUAAAGAAAUCUUCCAGACAAACCAAAAAGGUCUCAUCUUUGUGAAAGGUGGGGUAAAAAUGGAGCAAAUAGAAAAUGUUGUGGAUGUGUUAGUAUGUGGGUGAUGUAAACUUCAAGCAGGGAAAUUUGCCAACUUCCACCCCAUUAUUACAUAGCUCAAUCAGUGUAAUUUGCAAAAUGCAUAAGUACCUGACAGUUUGGCUGUAUAGUAUUGAUGGGAAGAAAUAUUUUUAAUGUGUACUGUAAAACUUGAAAUACUCAGGAGCUGAGUGAAUAUGUUCGUUGCUACUUUCAAUCUCAACCUGUUUCCUAGUGGUUUUUGUUUUAACAUAUGGUCUUUUCAGCUAUGUUUCCUGUUUAACUGCAGACAACUUAUGUUGUAGACUCACCUGUUUAACUGUUGUAUUAUAACAGUAUUACAUGUCAACACAGUGUGGUUAUGGCCUAUUUAUAUAAAAACCAAAUAUUUAGUCAAUUUCAGUCUUAAUUUAAUCUUCGUACACCCUGCAUUUUUAAAAGUGCUUAAACAAGUACUCUAUUGCAAUAAAAUGUAGUGAUAUCAUAAUUAACCAGCCAUUAAAUACUUCUACAUAUGGUA